AUGGAAAACGACAUAAGGUAUUCUCGCCAGAGGGUCGCGGGACGCGAGCACAUACCGCUCUACCCCAAGGGGUUCAUCGCCCUCAGAAUCGUCCAGCUGGUGCUCGCCGUCAUCGUCACGGGCCUCUGCGCGUUCGGCAUCUCUGUUGCGCCCAUUAACGGGAACUGCUUCAUGAUCUUCGUUUCGCUCUCGACCAUGGUCGUCACCGUCUGGCUCAUCGUCGCCGAGUUCAGCUCGCCCAAGGCCUACAACUACUGGGCGGUCCUGGCGCUCGACAUCUUCCUCCUCUUCUUCUGGCUGUGCUCCUUCGCCCUGCUCGCCACCCAGGUCGGGUACUUGUUCGGCAGCUCCUACUCCUACUACGGCCGCUACUACAACUCGGACAUCCCGGAUGUCGGGGUCAUCUUUUCCGCCUGCAUGGCUGCCGCGGCCGGAAUCGGCGGGCUCGAAUUCGCCCUCUUCAUCACGUCGCUGUCUAUCCACGGCGUCAUGCUUCAUCGGCACCGCAAGGCCGGGCUCCACUGCAACCCGGUCGGGUUCUAUGCCGCUGCCGCCCCCGUUGUCGCCAACAACGCCGUGCCCGAGAAGGACGGGGUGCAGGUCGCCACGACCUUCAAGCCCGGCCCGAACCAGGCCCACCAGGCCCAAAACGCUCCUCCGUAUGUGCAGCAUGAUGUGAACUACAUCAACCAGGUCGCCCCCCAGCAGCAUCAGCAGCAGCAAGUCUCCGUGCCGCAGCCGACAUUCACACCACCCCCCGCCCAGCCCCAGCAGCAGAACCACUACCCUCAGGCGUCGCCUACGCCCUUGAGCGCGACACAUACCGGAGCUUCGUUCCCACAGACCCAGUCGGAGCUGUCAGCAGUGCCCCCGAUGCCCAAAGUUCACGAGGCGCCGGGCAACGCCUACCACGCGCAGUGA